CAGUCAGUGUCACGGCAACUGUCCGUCAUGCCGCACACCAUAAUCAAAUUAUUGUUAUUAGUCGCCGGAGUAACAGUGUGUGUUACACAGGAUACACAGGAUGUAAGGGAAGCAAGGGUAGUGCAGACCGCACAAGGGCCCGUCAGGGGAUAUAAGAAGGAUGAUAUCUUCUAUUUUUACGGGAUCCCGUAUGCCACAGCGCCUACUGGAACGCGCAGAUUCACUGCACCGCUUCCAGGACCAGUAUGGAUGAACCCACUUGAAGCAGUCAAUAAUAAGAUAAUUUGUCUACAAGGCAAAUUUCCAAUGCUAGAUUUAUCUAAUUACAACAUGCGGGAAGACUGUCUUGUGGUAAACAUCUAUAUGCCCGAUACAGAGGAGACUAAUCUUCCUGUCGUGGUCUAUGUCCAUGGAGGAGGUUACCAAAUAGGAGCUGGAGCCUUUGCGUCACCAAGUCCAUUAGUGCGCACCAAAAAAGUAAUAGCUGUCACUUUCAACUAUCGCUUGGGAGCGCACGGAUUUCUCUGUCUGGGCACAGAAAAUGCUCCCGGUAACGCAGGCAUGAAAGACCAAGUCGCGCUGCUACAAUGGGUACAGAAAAACAUCGUCAACUUUGGGGGAAAUCCCAAUGAAGUCACUAUUGCUGGGUACAGCGCUGGUUCGUCAGCAGUGGACCUCCUGAUGCUCUCAGAAAUGACCAAGGGUCUGUAUAAUAAAGUUAUACCCGAGAGUGGUGCAAGUGUAGCUGUAUGGAGCGUUCAACUUGAUCCUAUUCAGAAUGCAAAGGAUUUUGCUAAGCAGCUUAAUUUCACUAACGUUAAUAAUAUAAAUAGUUUGGAAGAAUUCUACUCCACUGUGUCAUAUGAGGCUUUAACGUCGGAUAUUUUCUUUGGUAAGAAGGAUUCAAAUUUUUUGUUUUCACCUUGUAUUGAGCGUGAUACUGGCGUUGAAAUGUUCCUAGAUGAUGCUCCAAUUAACAUUUUAACACAAGGAAAAUAUAGAAAAGUACCAGUCCUAUAUGGAUUUGCAAAUAUGGAAGGUUUAUUUCGGAUUUCAUGGUUUGAGCAAUGGCAAGAAUCAAUGAAUCAAAGAUUUUCAGACUUUUUGCCAGCUGAUUUGCAGUUUAAAAACAAUGAAGAAAAAGAGCGUAUUGCGAAAGAUAUUAAAGAAUUUUAUUUCGGCGACGAACGCAUUACGGCUGAAAAUAUUCAAGGGUUUAUCGAUUACUUCUCUGAUAUCAUAUUUACAUUUCCUCAUUUGAGAUCAGUUAAGUUGCAAGUGGAGGCUGGUAGUGAUUCAAUAUACCUGUAUGAAUUUUCUUUCUUCAAGCCACAUCCCGAGGAUGCUGGUAUUCCAGAAUACGUUAAAAAUAUCAAAGGGGCAGGUCAUUGUGCCCAGACUUUUACGGUACAGGAAGCCGGUGCAUAUGACAUCAACUUUGGUCCUGAUUCUGAUGAAUACAAGAAAAUGAGGAAGAUUAUGGUUGACCUCUGGGUGAACUUUAUUACUACUGGUAAACCAGUACCUGAAGGAUCAGAUCUCCCUUCUUGGCCGCCGGUUGGCGCUAACAGGUCUCCCUAUAUGUCUCUAGGAGAAGAGAUUAAGCUCAAAGGGCCUCUCUUGGAGGAACGUACACUGUUUUGGGAGGACAUCUACGAGCGUUUCUAUAGAUCUCCAGUGGCACCAUCCACGCGCAAACUUAGAAGUGAACUCUAACACGAAAACUAUAUUUUUUUAUAAUCUUUAUUUUAUAAAAAGCUAUUUU